AUGCCCUACAUCGCUCGGGGUAAUGAGCUCCCUGAGAUUGCUGUCCGGGGUGGUCUUGUUGACCCUCGAGCUGACCAUCAGCAUUCCUUCAACAAGCGGAUCUCUUGCCGAGAUGUAACCGACUUCAUCUCCAACACGGCAGAGGUCUCUCCCUUGGAACUGCGAGACAAGAAAGCCGCUGCGAGACAUACCAGUGACUCCCGGGCUAGACUGUACAGGAUUCUGGCUCGUACCAAUGAGCUGAACCGGCCUCUUGCGGUCAAGUCUCUGAAAGAGCCCAUCUCCGACCUCCUGCCUGGACUUGUCGUUAGCGGUGGUCUGAGUCGCUCACCUGCUUUUGACUGUAACCCCGUUGUCUCUCACUGGGGUGACCGAACUGGUGAUUUCUCUGCUGAAGAUCCCGCUGCUACUGUUCGUCUUACCUCCACUUGGAAUACCGUUCAUGUUCGUGGAGAAGGCGCCGUUCGGGAGUCUCCUCAUGGUGCUCCGUGCUGGGCACUCAAGACCCACGGUAUUGGACCCGUCGAGCCUGGUCAGAGUAAAUUCUAUCAGCUAUACGAUUCUGAGAAUGAUACUCUUACGACAACCGUUAACCUGGCCCGUCGCGUCGACACACCCCAGACCUCUGGUGUCCUCGGUGCAGCGGUAAGCAUUGCUUGGAUGCGUAAUGCGCGUGUUGCGGAUGCCGUUGAUUGUGCCGUCGGCCUACUUGCGGAUGCUGCCACCCUUCUGGAGGCUCGUGACAGAGUCAUCCUUAAGAAGAAGGACGAGCUUCUGGACUUUGCAGAGGUGCGCGAGGCCGUCUUACCUACUUGGCCUAAGGCUCGCAAGCCUCUCGCUCCAAAGCUGAGUGGUGUUGCAGACUCGCCAGACACGGCUACUGAUGAUCUUUUCUCCUCGGAGCUUUGUGAAGGUCCUCUAAUCAACACUAGUAUCUUCUCUAUGUCGAUGGGAUAUAACCGUGGCGUCUAUGGUGGAUCGAUUUCCGGUCUCUGGGCUAUCAUGGACUCAGCUUUCGUGCUGGACUACUCCAUUGGAACGGAAACCUCCGCUAUGGCAGACAGACUGUCGUUCGCGUUUGCGGAAGUGACUGCCGCUGCUGAAGCUUCUGCUUCGGCGGGACCACACAUCGAUGAUAUUCGAAUCGUCAAGGGUUGCAACUAUGGAUGUCUGCGCCAGAAGACUAUCAUUGAGGAUAAUGAUCCUGUUGAAUCCAGUCCAUGCAUGGUUGUCUGGAACGAUCUUGACCGUCUUGCUCGGUACAAGUUGGCCGAUGCUGUCUUCUGCCAUGUUUACUAUGACUCCGGCGGUGGUGAGCAGAUGGCUGCCAUUGCUGGUCUGGGCUGUGUCGCUCAUGAUUGGAUCGAUCUGGGUCCUGAUAUGAUGUGUGGAGAAGUCAGUAACAUUAUCCCGUCUCUGACUCGGGGCUCCUUGCAGGAAGAUGCCCUGGCUGAGGUUUAUGCCCGCUUGAUCGGUGCUAUGAUCUGGUACCGUAAUAAUGAUCCUUACAACCCAGCUUCUCUCUGCCUCCUCUUUACUCACUGGUGGCAACUUUCCAACUGCCGCCACAGACCUAUUACUCUUCUUGGCCGCACUGAUCUCGGUAUUACCGCUGCUAUCGCGCCGAUCAUGCCAGAUGGAAGACCCGAAUUGGAACACUUCCGUGCCAGUGGAACCCGGGUUGAACGUGGAGAAGGUCCUCUGUCAAGUGCCGAGGCACGACUCAAGAACCUUACAUCAACCAAGGUCUUGCCUGAGACCCAGGCCGUCAUUGAUCACUUGGUGAACCCCGUUCUUGCGUAUGUUAAGGGAGGCGAUAGUCUGCCAUCCGAGAGUGAGUUUGUUGGAACAGUUCUUGCAGCCGAGUUGGCGUACCCACAAGGCCAGAAGAUUCUGGAGCUGUGGGAUCUGGCUAUUGUUAUGUGGGAGUGUGGUGCUAUGUGGGCAGCUGGUGUGGCAGGUCUUUGCUACACUCACACUGGAAAGGCGAACUGUGAUCGCGCUCGUCAUGAUUUGGCGGAUCAUACCUGGACUUAA